UAUUACGAUAUCUCCGCAAAGUCGAACUAUAAUUUUGAAAAGCCCUUUCUCUGGUUGGCACGUAAACUAGUGGGUGAUCCGAAUCUAGAGCUCGUUGAAAUGCCCGCGGUUAAGCCUCCCGAAGUCCAUAUGGACCCUAGUCUCAUCGAGCAAUAUGAACAUGAAAUUGUCGUAAGCUAUAUAACUAUUAAAUUUCUCUCUAGAUCGCUUCACAAGCUCCACUCCCCGAUGAUGGGGAUGAAGAUCUAUGAGGUGGCUCAUUCGUUUUGA